AUGGAGGAAUCUGCGUCAGGAUGGUUCCUGUUCUGGGCCUCAAGAACACCUGCGGAUAUGCAGACGUGGCGUCGGUUCACGGAUGAUGCCCUCGCUCACUUUGUAGCCUCCAACUAUCAAGCGGUGCUACGACAGAAGCUACGUGAACUCCUUGAGGACAUGAGCGAGGUCGACCAAGGCAGUUACUAUUGUGACGGUCUCAAGCGUGCGACUCAAGCCUAUGUUAAGCUUCAAUACGCGACGACGCUGAGCGAGGAGAUGAACCAUGCUGCCAAGUAUGAGAUGUCUCAUCUUGGUGGCGAGCGCAAACCGACCCGCGAGAAGCCGGAGCGUGAGCAACAGUCCCGCGGACGAGCAAGCUAUAACCCGUCCAACAACAAGAAGCCGUUCAGCAAGAAGUCCUUCAAGCCAGGUCACUACGCUCCCGCGGAACAAGCCAAGGAAGGACCCGUGUGCUACUAUUGCAUGAAGCCAGGGCACUUCAAGCGUGAUUGCAAGAAGCUGAAGAGGUGUAAACAAUUUCGGUGCCAAGAUCCUGUUGGACUGUGGUGCCACAACCGUAUACAUGUCUCGUGGAUUCGUCAAGUGAAGCUCGGCGACAACAAGAUUGGCGAGUCUAUCCUGGAGUUGGUGAAGAUCGAGAUUAUACUCCAAGGUGUCCCAAAUUACCAGUGUGUAGCAGUUGUCUUCGACAUUCCUGAGGAGUUUGACGGUGUUCUCGGGAUGCCAUUCUUUGUGGAUAUACAUCCGGAUAUCGACUGGAAGAAUCGAUGCAUCAAGGUAUGCGUCUCAGAUGGAGCCUCAACGGCGGACAUUUCGACUCCCUGUGGGAAGUGCAGUCCGGGUAAUGGCUCAGGGCCUUACGAUGCUGUGAAUUGCGAACGCACUUCCGCGAUAAGCCGUGAUUCCUGUCGAGCCGCCGUGCCAGAAACACGCUUGGAGGGCGAAGUUGAAAGCGUUGAAAGACCAGCUGAGGACGUGGAGAAGCUCGUGAAGCGAGUUGAGACCAAGUACAUCACUUGGAAGAAGCUACGGAAGUUCCUACGGUUACCUGCGAAGGACCAACCGGAACACGACUUCAUGAUUGUGCUAACGAACGAUACGAUCAAGGAGAUCGAACGAGAUCUUAACAGGAGCGAUGAACCGGACAACGUUGGAUCCGAGAAGGUCAGGCGAUUCCUAAACACGGACUGGGAGCCGUUCAACGAUAACCCAGCCUACCCUGUUCUCGUCUACAAGGAUAAUGUGUUCAAGCCAGAGUUGCCCGAUGGACUACCAAUGGAGUGCGACAUUGAGCACCGUAUCGACGUGAAGGACCCAAACACGGCAAUGUAUCGGCAGCAGUGGCGUCUCUCGCCAGAGCAGAAGACGGAAAUCGACAACCCUCACGCUGCACCGACAUUCUGCGUACGCAAACCCGUGGGAUGGCGUAUCGUUCACGACUACCGAUACCUUAACAGCAACACGAUCAGACAGAGCGUGCCGAUGACGCACAAGGAAGACGUUUCCGACAGUAUGGCUGGCGCCUACUAUUUUUCGUGUAUGGAUUUAAUGUCAGCGUACUACCAAGUUCGAAUGAAGAUGGAUCAUGUGAAGUACACCGCGUUCCAAGCUCCAAACGGUCUCUACGAAUACCUGGUGCUACCUAUGGGAGUCAGCAAUGCUCCUGCAACUAUGCAUAGGUUGACGUCGUCGUUGUUCAAGGGGUUGUCGCGCACCAGAUCAUUCUACGAUGAUAUCUACGCGUUCACGAAGUCGAAGGACAUCAACGAGCACUUGCGAGCCCUACGCAACGUGCUGGAGAUACUCAAGGAGAACAAGCAACAAAGUACAGACAAAUCGCGAUUGGCCACUCAAGAACAACUCCACAGCUUUCGCGGUUUAACUGGAUACGUGCAGCGAUUCUGUGAGCAGUAUGCUGAGCUGACGGCACCACUGUUUACUCUGUUGAAGAAGAAAACCCAGCGGAACUCGAAGAUUACACUGAAUGCAGUGCAGCUGAAGAGCUUCAAGGAUCUGAAACGACGACUAUCCGAUACAUUUACCCGACUUCACGAAGCAGAUGCACUUGCGAACGGACGCAACCGGAAGAUGAAAUCAGCAGAGCUGAAGUACCCAACUCAGCAGCAGGAGCUACUUACGAUUGUUAACGCAUUGGCGGCGUUUCGGAUUUACUGUUUGUACCGACCGGUGAUGAUCGAGACGGACCACAAAUCACUCGAGGGAAUUUUCCAGCAGAAAAUGGCGAAUCGACGGUUAGCCCGGUGGUACGACAUCCUCGCAGAGUACCAGCCGGUCUUGGCGUAUUUACUGGAGCGAAAAACGAAGUACAUCGCGGAUUGUGAAGAUUGCAGACGGAACAAACCUCGAUUGACGAAGACCCCUGGGCGAUUGAAGUCUCUACAGAAUCCAGAAGAACGAUGGCGUUCGAUUUCGAUGGAUUUCAUCACGGACUUACCGGAUACAAAACCCGGGAAGAACUCGAUUUGGGUUGUCGUGGAUCGACUAAUUAAGCGUUCACAUUUCAUCGCAGCGACGAAGACAGUUUCUGCUCAAGAGGUCGCGACGUUUUUCAUCGACAACAUCUGGAGGCUUCACGGUAUGCCACAGGAUAUCGUGUCAGAUCGAGAUACCAAGUUUGUCUGGAUUCUGAGUGCAAGUCUUCGACAAUGUGGGAAUCAAGCUCAAGAUGAUGAUGACUGGAACGUACAUCUUGCGAACGCAGAGUUUGCCAUCAACUCAGCGGUCAACUCAAGCACCAAGAUGUCACCAUUCGAGGCCGACAUUGGAUACGUCCCGCACAACCCACUAUCUGCUGUUGAUGAGUCAAGUCGGCGAGGAUUGCGCGGGGGACGUCGCCAAGGCGUUCAGUUUACGAAACAUCAAGCCGCCGUACUUCGCCAGUGUCAGGAUGCCCUCGAGGACGCGCAAGCCCGUAUGGCCAACGUGUACGACCGCUGA